AUGUGGAGUAUAUCAGAAAAUUCAGAGUUUCAAUCAGAAAUUUCUCAAUUUUAAUCAAAACUUACAGACAAUGAUAAGGACAACUUUAAGUUCUGUUAUAAUAUCUACAAAUCACUGAAAUAGCAAAUAAUAAUAGCACAAUAAUACUUUUCAAAAUUUAAUUUUUUACUAGAGUUUUAUGAUCUUUUAGAAUAGUUCUAAAGCGAUAAAUAAAUUGAAGAGUAUAUGAAAUCUUAUUAUUACCUUCUUCCCAUUAUUUUUAAUAAUUCUAUAUAUUCAGGGAUUUUGGAAGAAACAUCAUAUUAAGAAGAAGAAAUUGAGAAAUUAAUAAAAUUUACAAAUAAAUUAAACAGUUUAGAAGGGAUUGAGUAGAUUAAUAAAUUUUUUAAGAAUCCAGAUGAUUUGAAACUCAAAUCCUCGAUUCAAAGACAUUCCAUUACUUACACAGACGAAUAAUAAAUAUGUAGAAUUCCAUAUUAAGUUUGCUAUGCUUACUUUUAUUCAUUUCAUCUUAAAUUUUAGCAAAACGAUCUUUAUGUCUGCUAUUAGAAUUACAAAAAACUAAAAAUAGCCUUAAGAAAAAUAAAGGAAUUGUUUAUGCAAGAAAGAAAACUUUAUAAGCUAAUGGAUUUAAAUAUAAAAAAUUUAAAAUCUUAAAAAAUACCUUAAUUGAAACUAAUUGAUUUAAAUAUAAAUAGCGAAUAGAUUAAGUAGAGUUUUAAGUAAAAAAUACAUUUCUUUUAAUUUGAUUAAUACGAAAUUGAAUAUUUGCAAUAAUUUUCAGUAUUUACCCAUUGUAUUGCAAAUCAUAAUUUUGAGAAAAAAAAUUAUUUUGGACUAUCUAAAAUCGCUGUUUCAAACAAUAAUCUACUUUAAGUCACUUCUCAAGGAGAUGACUAUGUGAUAUAAUUUGAAUUAAAGGACUUAUCGAAAAAUGAAAUUUUCCAUAAAUUUCAAUUGAAGAGUAGAGGUUUAAUUGACAUUCAAUUUUCAUAAAAUACCAAAUAUUUCUAUAUAUUGUAAUCUUUUGUUUUUACAUUAUACGAAGUUGUAAAUACAUCUGAACUUUUGAAUUUAGAGAUUAAUUUGGAUUAUUAGGAAGAAAGGUAUGUAAAUGCGAGAUUUUAUUAAAAUGAUGCAAAAUUAAUUUUACUUUCUGAUUUGUAAAUAAAGUUACUUAGUUUCAAUGGCUCUAACUUUUAAUUAGAUAAAAUAUUCAAUAUUUACAAUAUAACUCUGAUUAAUGAGAUUUAAAUUAUUGAAUAGUAGAACUCAAAGGACAAAAUUAUUGAAAUAAAAGGUAGGUUAAACAUGAAAAACUCAAUUUAUUUGUAAAUCAAUAAUGAUUUUGGUCAGUUAAUAUAAUGUUUCAUAUUUUGA